ACUCUUCUUAUAAAUACACUGAAAAAUGUCGGUUAAGGAGUAAAUUUAAAGACAACGUUUUAGUUGCCGAACUGACUUAAAAAAUUCUCUCAAAUACAUCUAACAAAAUAAAUGUUUAAAAAUUUCUUAAGGGAUAAUUAUGGCUUUAAUUCUCAAAACAUUAUGGGGUAUUUAUAAAACUGGUAUGGAAGAAUGGAGAGAUCGAAGGAUAGACGGUUAUGUAUUUAUGGACAAUCCUAUAUAUAUUAUAUUGGUUCUAGCAGGGUAUUUAUACUUUGUGUUGGAUUUUGGUCCCAAAUGGAUGAAAAAUCGACCAGCAUUUAAUAUAGAUAAACUAUUAAUAUUUUAUAAUGCAAUACAAGUAGUUUAUUGUGCAUAUAUUGUUCUUGUAGGAACAAUAGUUAUUUUACCGAUUUUUAACUUAAAAUGUGAACCAAUCGAUUACUCAGAUAACUACUAUUCAGUUUUAAUUUUAAAAGUUUGUUAUUUGUACUUUAUCCUUAAAGUAAUUGAUCUCUUGGAUACGGUAUUUUUCAUUUUAAGAAAGAAAUCAGUUCAGGUUACCUUUCUGCAUGUAUAUCAUCAUGCUGGAAUGGUGGCUUUGAGUUGGGGUGGAACCAGAUUUGUUGGGGGAGGAUCGGGAGUUUUCCUAGGAUAUUUAAACUCCAUUGUUCAUAUGUUCAUGUACGCUUAUUAUCUUUUAACAGUUUAUAACAAGUCAUUUAAGGAAAGCGUAUGGUGGAAAAGGCAUAUAACACAUUUACAAUUGAUACAAUUUGGAUUUCUUCUGAUAUUAUUUGUCGGAAUACUUUUGCAACCUAAUUGUGCAUACCCAAAAUGGGUAACAAUGCUAUUAAUUCCCCAGAAUUUAUUCAUGUUCUCAUUAUUCGGCGAUUUCUAUUAUAGAACUUACAUCAAAGCCAAAAAGAAGAAAGUGGAAGAAAUAAAAAAGGAUUGAGGUACUAAGCACAGUCACUCAUACGAUGAUAACGAGCACUUUAUACAUAAAGUAGAGUCCAUUGUUGAUUGUAAAAUAGUUUAUCAUUUAUUUUAAAUUAAAUGCGAUCUAAAUAAUAA